AUGCAAAUCCAGCUCCUAAAUAUAAAUCCCAGUUAGGAAACGCUUGAACCAAAGGGCUUGCCCUGCACUCCUGACUCCAGGUGGUGAUUAAAACUCAACAGAACAAAACAAAGGACUCUUCACUUAAAUUAUUUAUUCUGAUAGCAACUGACAGGCAAAGACAAGCUAAUCAGAUACCUUCAGAAGAGAAAAAAGCCUCAUCUGAAUCAAAAGGAUCUUCAUUGCAGAACACGAGCGGAGCCGCCACACAGACUGCCGGGUUUGAGGAAAUCUCCUUGGAGGUUCCCUCCGCAGAUGUGUUAGGGGUGAAGAUGAUUUUCGGGCUGAGUAAACUGACCCUCUGGGUGCUGACGGGCCUGGUGGCCGUCACGACCGUCUUCUUUAAUGUCUACAUGUUUCUGUUGAGCCUGUGGAACAAGAAGGACAAAAAGGUGAGGAGUCCCAGCGAGACGAUCGUCCUGGCCCUGGCUGUGGCCGACGUGACCUUCCAGCUGGUGUGUUACUUCUGGAUGACCAUGAGUGAGGUGGACAGCACGUGCUACGUCGCCCAGGUGUUCUACACAACCCUGCUGCUGAUCAUCUUCAGCUUCAAGUUCACCAUCGUCUGGGACACCAGCUUCCUGACGUUCUACUACAGCACCAAGCUGGUCAGCACGCCCAACCACUGCUACACGCAGAUCCAAGCCGCCAUCCUCAAACACGUGAAGCUGGCCGUUUUCCUCAUCCCGAUGUGCGGCCUGGCCUUCUGCGUGCCCAUGACGGUGCUGUUUCACGCCAAAAACUACACGACAAGCGGACUGGGCAGGGAGGACUGCGGGGUUUUGCUGCCCAAAACUAGCUCGGCGGAGUUCUACGAUGUUCUUUUCUUGCUCCUGUCGGACGUGGUGCCCGGGCUUAUCAUGCUGAAGUGCUGCAUCUCCAUCUCYGUCCACCUGCUCCUCCACCUCCGCCACAUGAAAGCCAGCAACAACGGCACCCACCCGCCGAAACUCGGCUCUCAGAUGAGGGUCAUCCAGAUGUCCCUGCUUCUCGUGGCCAACUUCAUCGUCUACUUUGUGGUCGACCUUUAUGCGAACUACCAGUUCGUGGUGAACCGUAACACGUCUAUAGGCUUCACGUUCUUCAUCACAUCACUCUACACCACUGUCACCGCCAUGGUCCUCAUCUAUGGUAAAAAGAGCCUUUGGAAAACUUUAAUACACGACCUGAACAGCUGUCUGGACGAGUAUCCAUGUUUGUCGUGUCUGAAGCUGCCGGAACACAAAACUACAUCGCAAACUCCUGCAACAUUCAAGAACUGAAAAACCUCAUGGUCACCUGAGCUAACCUCCAGGUGAAACGAAGAGUUUUGCUGCCUUAGCUUGUUAGGACAGGACAGGUAGAGCUGUUUGAGUGACGCAUGCAAAGCACAACUUCAUCACAGAACACCUGAUAAAAAAAUUAAUUUUUCAAUUAAACAAAUAAUAGUCAGGCCUGCAAAAUCUAUCUCCUGAGCAUGGCUGUCUGGACAUGAUGUAAGUCUGUGCCCAUCUGAAAUGUUAAAAAAAUACAUGCAACUGCAGUGAGAGUACAGAGGAUAUUAA